AUGGCGGAUAAUCAUAUUGUUGGUGGUUCCCCGUCAUCUUCAGUUUCUAGUUCGGCACCUUCUAUAGCGGAAAAUGUCAACACUGUCUUUCUGGUCGGUCCGAUCUCGCUGCAACAAGCAAUCGAUGAGAUUUUAAACAACAUGGAGUCACCUAUGUGUUCGGGAUAUUCGGGUCAUUUGUUAGACGUAUACAAUCGUUAUCUGCAUCCUCCUGGACAUGCUAGCCUGGAACUUCCUUUUGAUCAAGUUAUUGCACAGCGUGAAGAGGAGGCACAACAGCUUGCUAAUAACCGAGCGCAAGAUCUUGUCAAAAGAGUAAUUCCAGCAAGAGCUACAAGAUUGAAUAAUGGACAUUUUGAGUUGACGGACAUCUGUGAAAAAUGUGAGGAUAUUUCACUGGGAGACUCUGAGAUUUGUCCUCACCAUCAGAGUCAACACACACAAAUGAAAACAACCGAAUCACAACAUUCAAAUUGUGAGGGUGUUGGUAAAAAUGUAGUAACACAGCGUAAAGCAAAAAAAGUUGUCCGUGUUGGCAAUAGGAGGCGGAUGAUUGGCUGCCGAGUUAGAUAUAGUAAAGCGCUUAGGAUUGGCAAAAAAAUAAUUUUAUCGGCUUCUUGUGAGAAUGGAAAUACGAGAGUUGUGAAUGAUGACGAAGACCCGUUUUCUGAGACCAGAAGAAAAAACAUUGCCGAACGUCAAAGUCAAUAUCAAAUGCGUGCACGAAAGCGACCAAUUUCACCAGAGAGAGCUGAUAUGUUUGUUGAUCAAACGCCUGAUUUGCGUGACAGAACUUAUGCCAAAAUUAUGCAAGAACAGUUGCUGACUGCCGAAAAGGAAAAAAUUGAAAAAGAAUUGGUCGACAAGCAUCAAUCUGGCGAAUUAAAAAUUAACAGGCAAGCUAAAGCUUUUGCUCCUGAAGAUACUCCAACUGAAAAUAUUGAAAACACACCUUCACAGGCGCCAAGAAAGAAAAGGAUUGCUUUGAGUGGGCAUGCUAUAACUGCUGAUAAAACGCCAAACGUUGCCCAAUGGGAUGAAACUCCAGCACAUAUUUCUGCAUUAGACUCAACUCCAGCAACAGAUAAACAAUGGGAUGCCACACCUUCACAAACUCCUCGUCGCAAUCGUUGGGAUGAAACGCCAAAGGAAUCUGUUCGGGAUGGAGGAAUGACACCUGGAUGGGGCUCGGAAACACCCAGAGACAUAAAAAUGGACUUGAGUGAAAGAGCAGAGGAAACCCCCGGCGCUUCAAAGAGACGUUCUCGUUGGGACCUUACUCCAUCACAAACACCAUCAGAAACCCCAAUGGCCGGGAUUGACGCAACUCCAACACAUUUUACACCAAAAAUCAUGCAGAAUGGAGGAAUGACUCCUUCAAUGCUAACUCCUGGAGGAACAACACCAAUUGGAACCCCAGCAAUGGGAAUGAAGACACCGGCUGUUCCUUUCAUUCCAAUGACUCCAGAACAGGCAGCAAUUUACAAAUGGGAGAAGGAAGUAGAUGAUCGGAAUCGUCCUUUGUCUGAUGAAGAAUUGGAUGCUUUAAUGCCGCCUGGUUUUAAAAUUUUGGCACCUCCAUCUGGUUAUGCCCCAAUUCGAACACCAACAAGAAAAUUAUUGGCAACACCUACACCAAUGUCUGGGAUCGGCGGUUUCAUGAUCCCUCCAACUCCAGAAAGAGGAGGUGCUGGUGCAGAUAAAGGAGUCGGAGGAAUAAUAGAUACUCAACCAAAAGAUCCAGAAUUGCCAGCACUCAAACCUGAAGAUAUUCAAUAUUUUGACAAACUUUUGCAGGAUGUAGAUGAAAGUCAAUUAACAAAAGCGGAAAGAAAUGAACGUGAAAUAAUGGGUUAUCUAUUAAAAAUAAAGAAUGGAAUGCCUUCACAACGAAAAUCUGGAUUGAGGAAAAUAACAGAAAAUGCUCGCCGUUUGGGCGCUGGACCUUUAUUUAAUCAAAUUUUGCCACUUUUAAUGUCUCCAACACUUGAAGACCAAGAAAGACAUUUAAUGGUUAAAGUUAUUGAUAGAAUUUUAUACAAACUGGAUGACUUGGUUCGACCUUAUGUUCACAAAAUUUUGGUGGUAAUUGAACCGCUUUUGAUUGACGAGGAUUAUUAUGCUCGUGUUGAAGGCAGAGAAAUAAUUUCAAAUUUGGCUAAAGCCGCUGGAUUGGCAACAAUGAUCUCAACAAUGCGUCCUGACAUUGACAAUGUAGAUGAAUAUGUUAGGAACACAACAGCCCGUGCUUUUGCAGUUGUAGCCUCAGCUUUAGGGAUACCUGCACUUUUACCUUUUUUGAAGGCUGUUUGUAAAAGUAAAAAGAGUUGGCAGGCUAGACAUACAGGUAUUAAAAUUGUCCAGCAAAUUGCAAUUCUUAUGGGUUGUGCUGUUCUUCCUCACCUUAAACAACUUGUUGAAAUUGUAGAAGGCGGAUUAGUGGAUGACCAACAAAAGGUUAGAACAAUUACUGCCCUUGGUAUUGCUGCUUUGGCAGAGGCUGCCACUCCUUAUGGAAUUGAAGCUUUUGACUCCGUUUUGAAGCCGUUAUGGAAAGGAAUUCGUACACACAGAGGAAAAGGAUUGGCUGCAUUUCUCAAAGCUAUUGGUUUUCUUAUUCCGUUGAUGGAUGCUGAAUAUGCUAGUUAUUACACAAAAGAAGUGAUGCUUAUAUUAAUUCGGGAAUUUGUUUCUCCCGACGAAGAAAUGAAAAAGAUUGUUUUGAAGGUAGUAAAACAAUGUUGUUCCACAGAUGGUGUAGAACCUCUUUAUAUUAGAGAAGAAAUUUUGACUCCUUUCUUUAGAGCAUUUUGGAAUCAUCGGAUGGCUAUGGAUCGACGAAAUUACAAACACUUGGUUGAUACAACAGUUGAAAUAGCUCAAAAGGUUGGUUCUGUUGAAAUUGUUAGUAGAAUUGUUGAUGAUUUAAAAGAUGAAAAUGAACAAUACAGAAAAAUGGUAAUGGAAACAAUUGAAAAUAUAAUGGCUUUGAUGGGUGCAGCAGAAAUUGAUUCUCGUUUAGAGGAACAAUUAAUUGAUGGAAUUUUGUAUGCAUUUCAGGAACAAACACAAGAGGAUCCAAUAAUGCUUGAAGGUUUCGGGACAGUCUGUAAAGCUUUAGGACGUCGAACAAAACCAUACCUCCCCCAAAUUUGUGGAACUAUAUUGUGGCGUUUAAAUAAUAAAUCUGCUAAAGUUCGUCAACAAGCUACUGAUUUGAUUGCAAAAAUAGCCCCAGUAAUGAAUGUUUGUCAAGAAGAAAAAUUAAUGGGACAUUUGGGAGUUGUUUUAUAUGAAUAUUUGGGUGAAGAAUAUCCUGAAGUACUUGGAUCUAUUUUGGGGGCAUUAAGUGCUAUUGUUUCUGUUAUUGGAAUGACUAAAAUGACACCUCCUAUAAAAGAUUUAUUACCUCGUCUUACACCAAUUCUUAAAAAUCGACAUGAAAAAGUUCAAGAAUUUUGUAUUGAAUUAGUUGGUAAAAUAGCUGAUCGCGGCUCAGAAUUUGUUUCUGCACGUGAAUGGAUGCGUAUAUGUUUUGAAUUGUUAGAAUUACUUAAAGCCCACAAAAAAUCAAUUCGGCGGGCAGCAAUAAAUACUUUUGGGUAUAUUGCUAAAGCUAUUGGUCCCCACGAUGUUUUGGCAACUUUAUUGAAUAAUUUAAAAGUACAAGAACGUCAACUUCGUGUUUGUACAACUGUGGCUAUUGCUAUUGUGGCAGAAACUUGUGCACCUUUUACUGUUCUUCCUGCGAUAAUGAAUGAAUAUCGAGUACCAGAAAUUAAUGUUCAAAAUGGUGUAUUAAAAGCUUUCUCAUUUAUGUUUGAAUAUAUUGGUGAAAUGGCUAAGGAUUAUAUUUACGCAGUUACUCCUUUACUUGUUGAUGCUAUGAUGGAAAGGGACGUAGUUCACCGACAAAUAGCCAUUGAUGCUUGUGCACAUUUAAUUCUCGGAGUGCAUGGAUUUGGUUGUGAAGAUGCAUUAAUACAUUUAUUCAAUUUUAUUUGGCCAAAUAUGCUAGAAAAUUCUCCUCAUGUUAUUCAACGUUUUGUUUUUGCAUGUGAUGCUUUGCGUGUUUCGCUUGGACCAAUUAAAGUUUUGCAAUAUUGUUUACAGGCUCUAUGGCAUCCUGCGAGAAAAGUUCGAGAACCGACUUGGAAGGUCUUCAACAAUUUAAUUCUUGGAUCUCAAGAUGCGGUUGUUGCUGGAUAUCCCCGAAUUCAAAAUACAGACAGAAACCUUUAUACCCGUUAUGAACUUGAUUAUAUCCUUUGAUGGCACACAAUUUUCACAAACAUUGUAUUUUUUAUUUUUUAGAGAAUUGGGGAUUGGACUUAAAAAUAAUUAAAUUGAUUAUUGGAUAAAAAAGUAAUUGUCCGCAAGUUUUAUCCACAGAUCUUGGUUCAAUCUGUUGGGUGUCCACGACCGGUUAAAUUUCACCAGGCUAAAAUGGAAGGAAUUUUAAGAACCUUAGGGCUCCACUAGCGAAAAUUAACCGGUCAUGAACAACCCUAGAUUGAAGCACCUCUAGAGUUCAGUCCAGGGUGCGGCCCGAUACCCAAAACCUAUACCCGAAAUUAUUGCAAACUCGUGACCCGAAAUAAAAACGCUCCAACCCGAUGCCCGUACCCGAAGAUUUUUGUGCCCGCGGAAACACUGGCUCAGUCCAAUCCUUAAUUUUUAGAAUGAAAAAUAAAAGUUGGCCGAUUAA